AUGACUUUCGAACUAUCCUCAACCCACCUUGAAACCAACCGAAAUGGUGAUUUCACUCCAUAUGACGGAAGGUCAUUGAUUGAGUCAUACGUUUAUACAUCGGAAUCGUCCUACGCAUCAGAUCCCCGACCCUCCAAGCUCCACCGCAGAUUGCCAACAACUUAUUCUCCUAUACAAACCGCUAGGACCAGAGCUACCUCGGAUACUCUGGACAGAAUACUAUUGACCCAAGCUGGACAUUUGGCAGCUGUAUGCGAGGUUUGGCGUUUGAAAUUUGCUUCAAGUCCAUUGGUUCCCUCAAUCCAAAAAGAAACAAAGCUCGUCACGCCCGUCACCAGAAGUCGUGCUACUUCUGGCGCUCUCGAAGGCAUUUUGGCACGGCAGUCUUUUCAGUUGAAAUCCUUAGGCGAAGUAUGGAGAAAUCGAUUCUUGACAAGUCCAUCAACAUCAUUAAACAAAAAAGAAUUAAAUGAUGGGAUGCCUGAGUCUGAACCCGAAAGUCGAGAUGAUUUCAAAUUUGGAGAGAUGGUGAAACAUGGACACUAUAAAAGGGAUCAUGGAUUGAAAGAGAGGGUGUUUAGAUGGAUGGACAAUUUGCCAGAUUCCUUCGAUGAUGUAGCUCAAGAAAUCGACUUUGAUUUUUAA